AUGAAGUAUCAACCAGUACCAGCUAUAACAGCCCUCGUCGGCGUCGCCUCGUUCGCUGCCGUCAGCGGACGCGAGACUGGGGCAUAUGUCUAUGUGCCCACCGAGUGGAGAUAUGGCGCAAACACAAAGAUCACAGCCAAUAUAACCGUCGGGACCGGGGCUGUAAAACCAGACAUCGAAGUUGUGAUGGACACGGGUAGCACGGGGUUCUGGUUGUGGGAAGCCGGCGCCGUCGUGAACUGGGGCUCGGAAUUCCUCUUCACGCCCGGCCCAUGCAACCAGACCGUCCCCCUGUCCAUCAGCUACAACAUCUCGGAGUCGCCUUCGGGGGUGUUGACGGACCGCUCGUCCCAGUUCGGGUACAGCGGCUCGAAGUUGCUGAACGGGCAGCACUUCGCGAACGACACGCUUGUGUUCCAAGGGGGCAACACCACAGCCAAUGUGCAGUUUUCGCUGAUUAACUAUAUGAGUGACCGCACGCGCAUCCAGAACGGUGUCUGCGACGGCAUCACAUACGAUGAGUCUAUCCUGGGACUGGCGCCUGGCUCGCCGUUUCGCGCGAAUCUGUAUGAGACGGGGAAGACUGCUUCUAGGAUAAUGAGCAUGUGGAUCGACAAGUACACAGGACCGCUAGGAACACUCACCGGCGGCAUGCUGUUCGGCGCCCUCGACAAGUCCAAGUACACCGCCCCCCUCGUCAGAGUUCAAAACUACCAACAGGCGGCCUUCUACGUCCCCCGGCCCAGGGUCUCCUUCAACGGCGUCGAGACCCCGGUCGCCUACAACGGCUCCUGCCUCAUCGAUACCGGCACCCACAGCGACACGAUCCCUAUCGCCAGCUUCAGCGCGGAAGAGACCUCCUUCUACAACACCUCCAACGGCCUCCUCCUCAUGGACGAGGGCGGCGUCGCCUACAACGGCUCCUGCGACUCCAUCCCCCUGGACCUGCACAUGGACUACACCUUCGACGCCGUCGCCCCCGGUGAGUACAUCACCAUCAGCGUGCCGCUGCGGAACUACGCCCGCGGCGCCCAUACGGACACGGCCAACGUGUGCCCGCUCGUGCUGUACACGGGCGGGAACACGGUCGAUUCGUGCACCUUCGGCGCCCCCUUCUUCACCGCCGCCUUCGCCGCCUUCGACGAGGCCGACAACUCCAUCUACCUCGCCAAGGGCGCCGUCUCGAAGCCCGGGUCGGGCGUGGAUUUCGACCGCUUGAAGGUCUUUGGUGUCGGGGACACCAUCACCACUACCCCUUCCAAAAUGGCCGAUUUUUUCUUCCACCUUCCGAAGUAA